ACUCGGAAGAAACCGGCCGUUCGGACGGAACCGGGACCCGGCCGGUUUAGACAAAAACGGAAGCUCCUUCGUUUCUUUCUCUCUUUCUUUCACAGAAACUCAGCCAAAAAACCCUAGCACUGUAAGCCUACACCACCGCCGCAAGGAGCGGCAUACUGCCGCCGUCCGUCGCACUCAAAGUUCGCCGUCCGUCCGUCUAUCUAGCUUCCCUCGUGCUCCAAGUCUUCAACCCCUGUUCGCUGUCACCGAUCGCAGCUGCUUCCUCGAGCUCGGCGUCCGUCGUCUUUGUCUGCUCAGCUGCGCUUUCGCCGCGUUUGUUUGCCGUUCACGUUCGCGUCUUCGUUCAGCCGUCGUCUUCGUUCACCGUUCGCGUUCACUCGCCGUUCACCGUUCGAGUUCGCAUUCGCGUUCGUCUGGAAGCCACGUUGCUCUGCUUCAAACUCUGCGACCAACCCCGUGCGCUCCACCUAGCCGUCUAACUGCUCUCUUUUGUCGCCGCCGUGGGUUCCCUAAACCCGCCACCAGACAAUACACUCACAACACCAAUACUUUGCUUCAAACUCUGCAACUUCUGAUUUCUAUUACAAUAAGAAAUUCUUUGAGGUAUAUAAGAAUUAAGAAGGAAGACUAUUUCAACGGGUGUCACCCGCUCCGUUAAGCCACCAGAGCGAUCUAAAUUCUAAACUCUAGCGUUGGUUGCGUUUUGGAGAGAAAAAAAGAAAAGGAAGAAAUGCCUCGGGAGAUCAUAACGCUUCAGGUAGGGCAAUGCGGCAACCAGAUCGGCAUGGAGUUCUGGAAGCAGCUCUGCCUCGAGCAUGGCAUCAGCAAAGAUGGCAUCCUCGAAGACUUCGCCACUCAGGGUGGUGACAGGAAAGAUGUGUUCUUCUAUCAGGCUGAUGAUCAGCAUUACAUACCACGAGCUCUGCUCAUUGACUUGGAGCCUCGAGUUAUUAAUGGCAUUCAAAAUAGUGACUACCGUAAUCUCUACAACCAUGAGAACAUCUUUGUCUCGGACCACGGAGGCGGUGCGGGAAACAAUUGGGCUAGUGGAUACCAUCAGGGAAAGAAUGUUGAAGAGGACAUAAUGGACAUGAUUGACAGAGAAGCAGAUGGCAGUGACAGUCUCGAGGGUUUUGUUCUGUGUCAUUCAAUUGCUGGAGGAACAGGCUCAGGUAUGGGCUCAUACUUGUUGGAGACCCUGAAUGAUCGCUACAGCAAAAAAUUGGUUCAGACAUACAGUGUGUUUCCUAACCAAAUGGAGACAAGUGAUGUGGUGGUGCAACCAUACAAUUCGCUGUUAACACUCAAGCGACUAAAGCUUAAUGCAGACUGUGUUGUAGUUCUUGACAAUACUGCAUUGAAUAGGAUUGCUGUUGAACGGCUUCAUUUGUCGAACCCAACAUUUGCUCAAACUAAUUCCUUAGUUUCUACAGUGAUGUCUGCCAGCACAACCACUCUUCGGUAUCCAGGAUACAUGAAUAAUGAUUUGGUUGGUCUUCUUGCCUCAUUGAUUCCCACGCCAAGAUGCCAUUUCCUAAUGACAGGAUAUACCCCUUUGACAGUGGAGCGUCAGGCUAAUGUAAUUCGUAAAACCACUGUACUCGAUGUUAUGAGAAGACUUUUGCAGGCAAAGAAUAUUAUGGUGUCUUCAUAUGCUCGGACAAAAGAUGCCAGCCAAGCAAAAUAUAUAUCAAUUCUGAAUAUCAUUCAAGGAGAAGUUGACCCAACUCAGGUUCAUGAAAGUUUACAGAGGAUUCGUGAAAGAAAGCUAGUGAACUUUAUUGAGUGGGGUCCUGCAAGUAUUCAGGUUGCUCUAUCUAGAAAGUCACCAUAUAUUCAGACUGCACACCGGGUCAGUGGUCUUAUGUUGGCAAACCAUACUAGCAUCCGACAUCUUUUCAGUAGGUGUUUGAGCCAGUACGAGAAGUUGAGAAAGAAACAAGCCUUUCUAGAUAACUACCGGAAGUUCCCAAUGUUUGCUGAUAAUGACCUCUCAGAAUUUGAUGAAUCAAGGGAUGAAGUUGAGGCUUUGGUUGAUGAAUAUAAGGCCUGUGAGUCCCCAGAUUAUGUCAAAUGGGGAAUGGAGGACAUGAACAAUAUGCUAACAGCAGAAGGCAGUGCUACAUGAUCCCUAGAUCCAAUAUUAUUAGUGUGAAGACUCCACGCAAUCCAAGGCACUACUAUAAGGGAGGGAACUGAAGACUUUAUGUAAGCUGGGAGAGGUUUCUGAUGAGCAUUUUCAACUGUUUUGGGGAUUCUAUGGUUUGCAGUGUGAUAAUUUUGGUUUGUACGGUCUGUUGAUAAUCAUUUGGACAUCCAACCAAGCGAGAAUUAGUACAGAUUCUCACUGUAUUAAUUCGUUUUAGGAAUGUAUUAUAUGAUUGAUUGAUCACUGAUGCUUAGGAAAUUAGGAAUCACAUUUUAUUAUAUGGAUCUUAGGUAUUUGUAAGCUAAUCUCGGUGCUACUUUCGAAUGAAUGUUGAAAUAUUUAAAUUGAUGUGGUGCAUAGAUUUACUUGAUUCAGAUUUGCAUGUUA